CUCUUCUUCCAACCAUUCUCCCUCCCCACCCAACCAAACCAACCAACCAACCCACCUAUUCUCCUCUCCUCUUCCUUCUCUGCUUCCCUCCCACGAAAGAAAGAAUCUCUUCCUUCCUCUAAGCUCAUGGAUGAGAGGCCGAGCUGUCGUCCACCAACCAAAAAAGGGUGGUUCGACGGGCAGUUUGAACACUAUGACAAGGAGAUGUUAGUGGGCUUCGAGCUCUCCAAUCGAUCUUCUGGUGUCGCCGACCUCCUUCAGAAUUGUGACCUUCCCCCUCCACUCAAGCUCUUCUCACCAAUCGAAGAUGAUGAUAAAAAGAAUAAGAUCGAUACCAUCGGUUCUACACCUUUGGUUGUGCCACAGAAGUCACUCCUAAAAGCAGCUCCCAGCAAGGCUAACAGGUGGGAUGGUGAAUUGGGAUCGGAUAAUGGUGGAGAGAAUCCAAGCCUGCUGAGAGCUCUGCAGCUCUCGCAAACACGAGCAAGGGAAGCCGAGAAGGCGGCGUUUCAGGCGAAUGCUAGAAACGAGCAGAUGGCCUCGCUGCUCCUGCAGGAGUCAUUGAGACUCUCGGCUCAUAGGCAGUGGGUGAAGCUGCUCGAGAUGGAGGUCUCCAUGCUUCAAGAGAAGAUAUUGUGGUCACAGAAAGAGGAGGAGCAUGCGGAAGAUACUGCAGUGCCCGCAGCAGCUGCAUGGUGCUUGACGUUGGCAAUCUGUCUGGGAAUUGCUGGAGUUGGCCUUGCAUUCGGCCGCUACAUAUUUUGAUGGCUGUUGUCCAAAGAAAACAUAGUGGAAAUUUUAAAGUUUCUAUCAAACAGAAUGACAAUUAGAUAGAUUUAAAAUGC